AUGGGAGAAGAAAUUCGCAGUAAGGUUCUUCCGAAAAUGGCCAUUAAAUCAAAGAAAUUAGAGUUGUUGCAUCAUGGACGUUUUUGUCGGCUCGAGGGUAGCAGUGUGACUCCCACCCGAAUUAAACAGGCGAUGGCACGAGGCCAAGAAACGAUCUACGCCGCACAGAUUCGACGACGUUCGUGCAUUAUGUAC